AUGGAUGCUGUGUGUGUCUGUGUGCGUGUGUGUGUGUGUGUGUGUGUGUGUGUGUGUGUGUGUGUGUGUGUGUGUGUGUGUGUGUGUGUGUGUGUGUGUGUGUGUGUGUGUGUGUGUGUGUGUGUGUAUGUGUGUCCUGCAGGUAAGAACUGGGACCUGAGCUCUGCUCUCAGCGACUAUGAGCAGCUAAGACAAGUACACACUGUCAACCUGCCCACUGUCUUCAACGAGGACCGUUACUACCGGCAACCGGACCACGACACCCCCCAGCACCUCAGCAAGGUGGAGCGGCCCGGUGUCCAGAGACAGGAGGACAACAUGCAAGAGAAGCGCCUGUCUCGGGGCAUCUCCCAUGCCAGCUCUGCCAUCGUGUCGUUGGCACGGUUCCACGUGGCCAGUGAGUGUAGCAGUGAGCAGUUCCCUCUGGAGAUGCCCAUUUACACCUUCCAGCUACCUGACCUCAGCGUCUACAGUGAAGACUUCAGGACCUUCAUAGAGAGGGACCUCAUCGAACAGUCGACCAUGAUGGCCCUGGAACAGGCUGGUCGUCUGAACUGGUGGGCCACUAUGUGUACCAGUUGUAAGCGUCUUCUUCCUCUGGCCACCACGGGGGACGGCAACUGUCUGCUACAUGCUGCUUCUUUAGGGAUGUGGGGCUUCCACGACAGAGACCUGGUACUGAGGAAGUCUCUGUAUGGCAUGAUGAAGAGUGGAGCGGAGAGAGAGGCUCUGAAGAGGAGGUGGAGGUGGCAGCAGACACAACAGAACAAAGAGUCAGGGCUGGUGUACACGGAGGAGGAAUGGGAGAGAGAAUGGAACGAGCUGCUGAAACUAGCUUCUAGUGAACCACGUACGCACAGCAGCAAGAACAACAACAAUACUGGAGGGGUGGAUAACUCGGAGGACCCUGUGUAUGAGAGUCUGGAGGAGUUCCACGUGUUUGUCCUGGCUCACGUGCUGCGUCGACCCAUCAUAGUGGUGGCUGACACCAUGCUACGGGACUCAGGGGGAGAGGCAUUUGCCCCCAUCCCGUUCGGAGGGCUCUACCUGCCCCUGGAGGUGCCUCCUAACCUGUGCCACUGCUCUCCCCUGGUCCUAGCUUACGACCAGGCACACUUCUCUGCCCUGGUGUCCAUGGAGCAGAAGGACCAGCACCAAGAACAAGCUGUGAUCCCGCUAACCGACUCAGAACACAAGCUGCUAUCUCUCCACUUCGCUACGGACCCUGGGAAGGACUGGGAGUGGGGCCGGGACGACAGCGACAACAUCAAGCUAGCCAGUUUAAUCCUGUCUCUGGAAGCCAAACUGAACCUGCUGCAUAACUACAUGAACGUAACAUGGAUCAGGAUACCAUCUGAGACCAGGGCUCCCCUGGCCCAACCGGAGUCUCCCACGGCGUCCCACGGGGGCGAUGACGUCCAGUCUCUAGCCGACUCCAUGGACUCCGACCGCGACUCCGUCUGCAGCAACUCCAACGUCAACAACGGCAAGGUCUCCACCAAGGACAAGGAUCCCAAGGAGAAGACGGAGAGGCAGCAACAACGUAAAGACAAGGACAAGACCAGGACGGACUCUGUGGCCAACAAGCUAGGCAGCUUCAGCAAGACCCUGGGUAUCAAGCUGAAGAAGAACAUGGGAGGUCUGGGAGGGCUGGUCCACGGAAAGAUCAACCGCUCCAACUCCGGAGGCAGCGGCCGGAACAACGGAGGAGUGGGGGGCAGCAACGGAGGAGGAGGGGGCGGCAACGGAGGAGGGACAGAGAAUAAUGUAGAGAAGAAGAAGGAGAAAAAGGAGGGGAAAGCACGGAAGGAUGGAGGAGGAGGAGAGAAGGAAGGCCAGUCUGCGAGUACGUCGUUCUCCUCGGACAAGACCACCAGCCCGUCUCCCACCGAGCGUCCCCCAGGCGUGCCCUCUCCUCCCGGGGAACGGGACAGGGACAGGGGGGGUCUCCUGGCCAGACUGGUCGGGGAUAAGGCCCUGUCGGAGCACUGGAAGUACAGCACAGACGUCAAGCUGAGCCUCAACAUACUGAGAGCCGCCAUGCAGGGCGAGAGGAAGUUCAUCUUCGCUGGCCUUCUCCUCACCUCCCAUCGCCACCAGUUCCACGAGGAGAUGAUCUCCUUCUACCUGACCUCCGCUCAGGAGCGCUUCUCUGCCGAGCAGGAGACGAGGAGGAAGGAAGGAGAGAAGAAACCUGCAGCAAACUCUACAACCACGACGACUACGACCAACGGGUCCUCCAACGCCCUGAAGAAACCAGAGCAGGAGAGCGCCCCUCACCGGGAGAGAGAGAGGGAGAAGGAAAGAGAGAGAGAAAAGGAGAGGGAGAGAGAGAGGGAGAGAGAGAGGGAGAGAGAGAGGGAGAGAGAGAGAGAAAGGGAGAGAGAGAGGGAGAGGGAGCGAGACACCCGCACCCCUCCUCCUCCUCCCUCCUGCCCUCCUCCUCCUAUUCCCCUUCCCCAGGACUUCAUCUCUUCCCCAGCCAGACACCACCAAAGCCAUACCCCUCACAUCCCCCCACAGAUUGCCCUGAAGAUGCAGGGCCGCCACAGCCCCUCGCCCCACUCCUCCCCCAGCAACGGUGCUACCAGGAGACCGGGGUCCGUCCCCCCUGUCCCCGGCCUCGUCCCAACUGCAGUCCCAGUGUCAGCCCACUACAGCCAUACCCCUCCCAUCCAGAGGUCCAGUAUCAUCCACCUGAGAGACGUCAACCUCCAGGCCCUCCAGGCACCCAGCUUCCAGCCGGACGACCCCCAGCCCAGCUACAAGCCUCCUCUGGUGGGCACCCUGAAGACCUGUGCCACUUACCCCCAGCAGAACCGCUCUCUGUCCUCCCAGAGCUACUCUCCAGCCCGCCUGUCUGGGGUCCGUUUGGGCAGCGGGGUCAACCACGCCCACCCGGGGGUCCCAGGCACCACGGAGCCCUACAACAUGCCCGGGGAGCACAAGUCCCAUACCUAUACCAACGGCUUCAACGCUAGUCACAUACAGGACUGUCUGGAGUUCGCCGACGUCGACUUGCCUCAGACCUGGGGGAGCAGUAGCGUCACCAGGACGGGUUCGGGUUCCGACAAGGUCAAAAGUCAGAUGGGUAACGCUGGUGGGGGUUGCCUGGUGUACUGCCUGCAGCAGAGGCGAUGCAAGAGGGAGAAGUGCUCCUUCUACGGGCGACCAGAGACAGAUAACUACUGUUCCUACUGCUUCAAGGAGGAUCUGAAACACAAGGAGUGGGAAGCCAAGGUCCUCAGUAGGCCUGGAUAGCCUCUGACACCGCGCCAGCCAGAGGUGCUGCUACUCUAGCCUGGUGUACUAUCUAUCACACUACAGGUACUGCAAACCCUGCUGCUGACAACGCAACACAACAGAAAGACAACAGGACUGUGUCCCAUAGAGAAGGAAAGAGAACAGGUCUACUCAAUAGACUGUCUGUGGACGUUGGGACAUCAAGACAGACAGACAGACAUGCUCAGAGCCAGGUGAUCGCCUGCUCUGUUUAAAAACGUUUGAUUCCUGUCACUUCCUCUGUCUCAGUGUACAGUACAGGAGGCUACUGUAAAGGACACGACUACUUGAUGACAAGCAGGGUAGAUCUCUCUGUCCACUUAACAUCUUUGGCCAGCAGGAAUUUAUAACUUUGUUCGUUUUUAAAAAAUACAUAAUUUGGUUCAACUUUUAGUUAGUUUAUGGAGAAAUGUCUGUGUUUUUUUGCCCACAACUUGAAUGGCAAACUCAGAUAUCAUUUCAGGCACAUACACUACACAUAAAAUAGCAAAAUUGCAAUUUUUUGUGCAGUGGUUCAAAACUUAAACUUUAAACUUAAGCCUAACUUCAAACUUAAACUGGGCUGUUUUGAUUUAAAACCUUCAACCAACUUUCAAAACAAACUUCUCAAAGCAAUACGCUAGUAACUUCAACAGGGUUUUUUAUUUUUUAUUUUGGAUCAAUAUUUGUCCUAAAGGCAACUCACUGUGAACCCUUUCUGUUGUCUAUGCACUCCUGUUGGCUUCAGUAGAGAGUUCAAAUCCUCUGGCGCAGCUGAAAGACAAUAGACAACAAUAGGCAGGAUAUUCAGUCGAACGCAAAGAAACCCACACUAAGGAAAAUAACCGUUUCGUGUGGUGAAAAUGCACUUUGUAAUUUAAGUUUGCAGUGUGCACUCACAUUGAUUACAUGGUUUAAACGAAACAACAACAAAAUCGAAUUGGUUUUAAUGAAUCGUACUCCUUAUCACAGGGAGGGCAGGGAGACUGUUUCAAUGCUAGUUUGAUUUGGUCUGCCUCACAAAAUAUUUGUAUUUAAUGUUUUCCUCUACAUUCUACAGGUCUUAGAUAAACCGAACAUGUUUUCAUCAGCAGUUGAUUAUCUUGGUU